UGUUUUGAACGGCUCGAUGAGGGUGGCUCACUAUUUGGCAGGAAGGUGAGGAGGCCUCUAUCCUGGCGGUGGAGCUGGCAUAGGGAGAGGGGAUCCAAAUGUGGCAGAGGCGAGCUAGAGGCAGCGGCGGCGGAGGGGGGCAAACGAGACAAGGGAAGCGGCCGUCCCCGUUGCCGCCGCGGAGCAGCUGAGCGGCCUGGCAAGGAGGGGGGCUGCGGCUGCGCUGGCACCCCCCCGGGACGCCGGCCUCGCAGUCCCGGGCGCCCGUCCCGCAGGCAGUGUGCUGUGAUCCAGGAAGCUUUACAAAAACUAACAAGCAGAACACCUGGGCUGAGUGCUAUAACUGAAAAUACAUCUUCUGCGUUUGAGGAAGGACAAGUUCAUGAUUGAAUGGUGGAUUAAUAAGUAGCUGUCUUCUUCCAAGAGUAAGAAGAUACCCAGGGAGUUGGGAAGAACUGAAUUUUCACCCUAGUCCAGCAGCUUUGCUGCUCACUUAAACACAGAUGAAUGAAGACCCCAUUUGGAAAAUCACCAGGUCAGCGGUCCAGAGCUGAUGCAGGUCAUACAGGAGUGUCUGCCAGCAUGAUGAAGAAAAGAACUUCCCACAAAAAGCAUAGAAACAAUGUGGGACCAAGCAAACCUAUUUCUCAGCCACGAAGAAAUAUUGUAGGCUGCAGAAUACAGCAUGGAUGGAAGGAAGGUAGUGGACCUGUAACACAAUGGAAGGGCACAGUUCUUGAUCAAGUUCCUGUAAAUCCCUCUCUCUAUCUUAUAAAGUAUGACGGAUUUGACUGUGUGUAUGGACUAGAACUGCACAAGGAUGAAAGAGUUUCAGCACUUGAAGUUCUUCCAGACAGAGUUGCUUCAUCUCGAAUUAGUGAUGCCCACCUGGCAGACACAAUGAUUGGUAAAGCUGUGGAACAUAUGUUUGAGACAGAGGAUGGCUCAAAAGAUGAAUGGAGGGGGAUGGUUUUGGCUCGAGCUCCUAUUAUGAACACGUGGUUUUAUAUUACCUAUGAGAAAGAUCCUGUCUUGUACAUGUACCAGCUCUUAGAUGAUUAUAAAGAAGGUGACCUUCGCAUUAUGCCUGAUUCAAAUGAUUCACCUCCUGCUGAACGGGAACCAGGUGAAGUUGUAGACAGCCUGGUAGGCAAACAAGUGGAAUAUGCCAAAGAAGAUGGCUCAAAAAGGACUGGCAUGGUCAUUCAUCAAGUUGAAGCCAAACCAUCUGUCUAUUUCAUCAAGUUUGAUGAUGAUUUCCAUAUUUAUGUCUACGAUUUGGUGAAGACAUCCUAGACAUCAUCGUGAACUUUUGCCAAAUUUGUGGAACUAUUAAAUGUAAAAUUUGUAGACACAAAGACUUGACUGCUUUCCAGUUUAAUGAAAGCUUAAAUGUCCCUGCGAACCCACAAUCUCUGCCAGCAAAACUGUUUUGUUCUGAAUAAUAUAAACGUGACAUUUUGUGUAAGAGAGCUCCUUUUCGUGAAGGAAGUUGAUAUAUUUGGGCAGGAGGGAGUUAAAAGCAAAGAACAGCUGCAAAUUCAAGCUGUGUAAAGUUGAUCUAGUAUUGUAACCAUUAAUCUAAAUUUUUUCGUAGAUUUUAACUUUUUCUUCAACCUUGCACUCACUUGUUCAACUGCCACAUGCAAGUGUAGUUUGAUAUUUUGAUAUGCCUUCUUUUGUAACAUUAAAUUUAAUUUUUUGGCUACUAGCAGUCCUUGUUUUCAGGGUUGGGACAGAGGUGACUUUUCUGAAAGGUUUCAACAGUUCGUUCAGCAUUGAGGAGUGCCUAACCCAAGUAACAUCAGUCUGCUGUGUUUCUACACGUUAUUUCAAAUUUAGCUUUUUAAGAACUUGCAGUACGUAGGAAUACUUGUGCAUUUUUACUAGUCACAGGGCAGUAGGAUAUCAAGUGUUUGACUUAAUGCACCUUUCAGUGAAAAGGCUUUAAACUAUAAAAUGCAUUUAAUCUGUAUAACCAGUUAAUUAGAAAAUGCAGGUUAAUGGCCCAUAUUGACAAGUUGUAGGAACCAGUAAAAUACAUGCCACAAGGCUGCCUUCAAUCCUAAAUGUUGUACUUCUUUCUUUCUUUCUUAUACACACUUCUUAGCAAAACCCAAGUGCUUGGUGCCACAACUUUAACAGUAUAUAUGCUACUUCAGAAGACUUUAGACUACACAUUGGCAAUCAGUAGUCUCUCAUUUAAUAUCAAAACCUAGCAACCUGAAUGUUUAUGUGUGGACUUAGAAGCCUAACAGUAGUUAAAUAAAUAAAUACAAUCUCAUGCCAGGGGAGUGGGGAGGGGGUGUCCUUUCACAUUCAAGACUUUAGAGAAGGAGAAGCAUUUGUUGCCUUCUGCUCAGUCUGUUGCAUUUCUUUGUUUUGUUCUAAACCAUUUUGGUUCAAGAAGGCAUCUUCCCAAUUCUUUUUCUGGCUUUUCCACAUAAGGAGUAUCUGGACAAAUCUACAGCUUAAACCUGUUGUUGACUUCUGUGGUGUACAUUGUACUUGCUUUGAGGUAUGCUGUUAACAUGAAUUUCAUUCUAUGAACACUAGAGUUCUGCAUGCCAGUGGUGUACUAUCUGAUGGAAGCUAUAGGCAGUCUCAGUGGUUCAGUCAUCUGCAUUAGAUUGUGGAUGUAAAUAGCAGCCCACAACAGCAAAAUCCUGUCAUAGUUUUAAUCUUGCAAGUUAGUUGUAAAGGUUUUUAAAUAGAGGCUUCCAAGUAUGGCAGUCUUUAAAAGCAUGAGAAUUGCAACAAGGAUCAGCACAGCAACAAAAUCCUCAUGGUACAUUAAGGCAGAGCUCUGCAAGUUUCAAAGAACUGCUUCACAGAAAUACAGUUUGUGAAGACAGUCAACACUGUUGAUGGAAGGAACAAAUACUCUGAUAAUCCAACCAUUUGCCGUUAGGGGAAGGAUGCAGGACAGAUGCUGUUAAUCAGAGUUCAGAGGUCCGAGUGACCUCUUGUGGGUAUUCUUGAUAUUGAAGACUCAGUGGUUUAAGCCCCUUUCUGUCAACUUUUUUGCCUGAUUUCAUAUUUUAGCCUUAAGGCUUGUGCCUCAUUAUGCUCUUGAAUGGUAAUAAAUACUCUCCAUAUAAAUAUGAAACCUUAAUUCUUUGUCCAUUGCUAUUAUAUUGCAUAUGUCCAGUAUUUCAUCAUGGGCAACCAAAGGCAGGCUGUUGUCUUUCAGUGAUAGCUUAUCAAUGCAGUCCUUAAGCACUAGGUACCCGAGUCGUAAAUGUUCCUUGCGUUUUGAACAAAGUGAGCAGAUUUGCAACACAGUGUUUUCAUCCUGCAGAUCUGUUAUGUGUUUUCUAUUGACUCUUAAGAGUCCUGCAUGUAAAUCUCAAAGCUGAGCCUGGCUCCAUGAGCCCAAAUUGAUAUCUGUGGCACAAGAAUGAGUGAGUGUAUUGAUUAUACACAAGAUACAUAAAUAACCUAGUACACUGAACUUUGGGCUAUACAUCUGAGGAAUACAAGGUUUGUUUUGAAAUAUCUGAGGUUUAGGUCUACUGGAACAUUUUUAGCAUUAGGCUUGCAUUUGUGGGUUUUCUGCAAGCCUCUUGGAUACACCAUGUAUUCUGCCAAUUAGAGUAUAAUCUAUAAACUGUAAAUUUAAUGGUUGUUUUUGGAUGUCCCCAUUGUCUGUUGAGUGGGUAUUUCUUUUCAUCCUUUAUUUUGCUUCUUUUUUUUUUCUUUUCUUUUUUUUUUUUUGAUAGCUUAGACCACCGUUUUUGAGGCUUGAGACUAAUUCCACUCCCUGCCCAUCUGCUUUGGGCUUUGUUUUAGGCUCAUGUUUCAGAUCUGCAUGCAGUGCUUGCGUUACCCUGGUAACUAAAUGUUGGUUCCUUGUUAUAGGGGUUCAACAUUACUUUCCAAAACCACAUAGGGCUUGUGAUGGCACAAGCCAUGGAUCUUUGUAUAAAAGUUACUCGCCUUUCACAUUUACCUGCUGUAGUAUUGUUGUAUAUUGUGUGUGUGCGUGUGUGUGAUGUCAGGCUGCCAUGUAAAACUUUUUAAAAGGGAAAAAAAAAAUGCAGACCAUCCUUUUUGCAUGCUUAGAGGGUUAGAACAUUCAAUGUAACAAACUAAAGUUGCAUGUUAAAAUGUUUAGGUUUUUGUUUUGUUCUGUUUUUAUUUUGUGUUCAGUUUUUUGUGAAUUUGCUUAUUGUGCUGUUUUAAUGGUUGUUAGUAGGAUUAAAUGCACCGGUGAGACGAGCAUAGUGCCAACAGAAGGUAAUUUUCCAGUUGUAUGUGUCAUACAGCAUUUGAAGGGACCAAGUAUUCUGUUAAAGAAAAAAUAAAAUUGCAGUUGAUUAACAAAACACUACAAUUUUCUUUCUUUUGAGUGCCAAACUCUAAACAAUGUUGGAAUAGACUAUGGGGAAACCCCUUUUUGGGGUUUGUUUUUUGUUUUUUUGGUUGGUUUUUGUUGGGUAUGGGGGGUGGGGGGAUGUUUUGUUUCUUUGGUUGGUUGGGUUUUUUGGGUUUCUUUUUCUUUGGGUUUUUUGUUGUUUUUUUUUCAAUAGCUAGAAGCCUCCUUUAAGGAAAUGAUUUUAAAAUGGAGGCUUUAUCUUCAGAUAGAAUUGACUUCAGUUGCUUCAGGGUUAAAAAUUGUGGUAAAAACAGUUUCUGGUUCCUUGAAAAUGCUGUGCUUUUUGUAUUUUACAUCAUUAGUGCAAUUUGGAUGGUUCUUGGUAUGUGUAUAGUUCAAAGGUCUUCGUGUUCACAUUUUUAAAUUAGGUAAUGACUUCAUCUUUAGAGCUUGGUUUCAUUAUUUUUAUUUUAUUUUGAACAAUGUAGACAGUUCCCUGUUCUCUGCAUUUAGAAGUAUAAACACUUUAAAUCUGUUACUUAAUUCUGUAAGUAAUUUUUAUAAUUAUGAUGUAACUCUAUCCUUAAAACAUUUAAAAUAAACCCUUUAUGUGCAACUUA